UUGUUUUGAUUUAGAAUGCUAGGUUCUUAGCGUGAAAUUUAGCAAAAGGACCGGGCGUAAAUACAAAUGACAGCGGGGACAUUUGAGGAAAAUUUACCCGUACGCGAUAGAGAAGGGCGACAAUGGCGCUGUCAAGAAGAAACUUGUCGCUCCCGCUGACAAAAAGAUGCUUGUUUUAACCCGAUGCUAACGUUAGCUGUCAACCUAAUAUACUUCCUGUCAACAUGGCGGUGAUGAGGAGCGAUGUGUAGCACUCACCUACUGGACACAGUGUAUGUGUUCGCCUUUGGUUUUCACUACUGGCCUGGAUAUUUCACACAAGCAAAUACAACGGAUUGUUGGAUAUUUCCAUUCCUUGCUUUCAAUGGGCGAGGAAAAGCCAGACACGCUGGACUUCGUGAAGGAUUUCCAGGAGUAUCUGAGCCAGCAGACGCAGCAUGUCAACAUGAUAUCAGGCUCCGUCAGCGGCGUCAAGGAAGCGGAUGAGCUACCGGCUGACUGCAGUCAGAACGGGCUCGAUCACCCGACGGUGGACAUGAACCUUGAAGAUGGAUCUGGGAUGUUGGUGGAUGGUUUUGAGAGAACCUUUGACGGCAAACUCAAGUGCCUGUACUGCAACUACGCCACCCGAGGCACAGCGAGACUCGUUGAGCACAUUCGAAUGCACACAGGAGAGAAACCUCACCGCUGCCACCUGUGCCCGUUCGCAUCGGCCUACGAGCGCCACCUGGAGGCCCACAUGCGCUCGCACACGGGCGAGAAGCCGUACAAGUGCGAGCUGUGCUCUUUCCGCUGCAGCGACCGCAGCAACCUGUCGCACCACCGCCGCCGGCGCCACAAGCUGGUCCCGAAGAAGGACGCCCAUUCGCUGUCCCACAAGAAGAUGCUGAGCGUGCUGCAGAAAAAAGCUGGCUCGAUUAGCUACGGCCGCCGCCUCCUCAUCGCCUCGUGCUCUUCUUCCGCGAUGACGCCUAGGGGCGACGACGUCGACGACUGCUCCCGUGAGCUGCCGCAGGAGGUUGAUGAUGAUUGCGCAGGCGAGGAGGACACUCAAACUUGCCAUCAUUCGAACCUGAUCAUGGACAACCCCCUCAACCAGCUCUCCGCCCUGGCAGGCCAGUGUGCCAGCCUCCCUGCUUUGGUCCAGCCCCCCGUGUCCCCAGGAGCUGAAUCCGUCGUGGAUGAGAAGCCCCUCCUGAUCCAGCAUCCACCCGCCUCCUCCUCCCCGAUCACCCCCGAACCACGCGCCCCCACUCAAUCCAGCAACUGUAGCCCCGCGGGCAGAGCCUGCAGCGAGCACAGCGUUCACGCCAGCACCCCCAGCGUGUCCAACAGCCAGCCCGGCACGCCGGCCCCCGGCCAGUCGGCCCCCCUGCUGGACCACCGCCGCGUCCUGCAUCACUGCCAGCACUGCGACAUCUACUUCCCCGACAACAUCCUCUACACCAUCCACAUGGGCUGCCACGGCUACGAGAACCCAUUCCAGUGCAACAUCUGCGGCCACAAGUGCAGGAGCAAGUAUGACUUCGCCUGCCAUUUUGCUCGCGGUCAGCACAAGUGACAAGUUUUGAUAACUUUACAGGAUUUUUAUUUAUUGAUUUGUUUUCUCCCCACUUGGCCUUGAUGUAGCAUUUAUCCUUCCAAAAAGAUGUCAGAAUUCAGAUGGAGCCCUUGUCUCUGAUCAGUGAACGUUUUUCACAAGCGGAAGGAGUCAUAAUUUUAUGAAGGAGUCAAUAGCGCCACUGAUGAGAACACAUUUGUAACUCUACAAUUAAUAUUUUUAAAAUUUCGAGAGAAUAACGGGGAAUUUACUUUGGAAAAGAGUUGCAAUAUUACGAGAAUAAGUACAGGAAAAAAAUGCAAAUUUUAGACAGAAAAUGUCACUUGCAAAUUAUUUUAUAAGAGUAAAGUUGUAACAUUGGAGAAAAAAGUUUUCAUUUAAAACAACUCAUAAGAAUAGAGUCGGAAUACUACAAGAAUCAACUCAUAUGAGGAAAGUGCAAUAUAACACGAAUACAGUGAAAAUGUUCUAACAUCACAAGAAAAGUAGUAAUUUUAUGACAAUAAAGUUGUCUUUUAGGAGGAAAACAGUAAAAUCACAAUUGAGGAAAAAAAAACAUUUUAUAAGAAGGUUGUAACAUGAAAACUGUGUAAUAUUACAUAGAAAAUAUUAGAUUUUCUGAGAAAAACAAAGAAUCUGAAUAUUUCCUGAAUAAAGUGAAAAUAUUGAAAAAACGUCAACAUUUUACAUGGGAAAAGUCUUAAAAUCCCAUGGGAAAAAACAUAUUACAAGGAGAAGUUAAAAUGGUACAAUAAAUUAGUCAAAUUUUACCAGAGAAAAAUGUAAUAUUUCACAAAUAAAGCCAAAAUAUUAUGGGGGGAAAAGUCGCAAUUUUUUGGAAUUUUAUAAGAAAAAGUUGAUUGCUGAUUAAAAGUAUGAAAUAGUUGUCAUAUCACAAGAAUAAAAGUCCAAAUUUUACGAUAAAAAGUCCUUUUGCGGGACUGAAGUAAUUUACGUGCAUACAAAAUCUGAAUGUUACAUGGAUAAGGCCAAAAUAUAAAAAGUCAGAAUUUAAUGAGCAUAAAGUUGUAAUAUUGCAAAAAUCAUUAUUUUACCAGAAGUUGUAAUUCUAUGAAACAGAAGUCAGUACGAGAAAUGAGAAACUAAAUUAAAUUAAAUGAAAUAAAUGAGAAAUUGUCAUUUCAGGUGAAACUAUUGUAAUAUUAAGAGAAAAUAUUUAUAAAAUGAGAAACAAAGGUACAAUUUUAAACAAAUGAAAUCUUUGAUGUGGAAAAAAUAUUAUAUGACAGUAAAGUGGUAAUCAUCGUACGAACAGUUUAGUGUUAUUGUGCAAACUUUUUUUCUGGGGAAAAAUAUAACUUAGCCCAUAAUAUUCCAAUUUUGCUAUGGGGGAAAAAAAUACUGCUCUCACAAGUCUCUUUUUUCCCCUCACCUUUUUUUUACUCUUUCAUACAAAUUAAAUAA